GUUUGCGCUUCUCGGUUCGCCGAAUGAAUUUCAAGCCUAAGUUUAAGUCAUUACGAUGAUAAACGAUCUUUCGGUCGGUGAGUUAAUAUCGAUCCGCGACGAGCCACUAACGCAGUCGCUGUCAAACGUACCGGAUCGCGCAGUUACACCUCGACGGUUACGAAGUCGUAGUCUACAGGAUAUUGUGGUUUAGAUAAAGGAUUUCUCGAUCGCCACUGUGCGUGGUCGGGCAACGAGGGGUUGAUUCUGUCCUGGAGAUAAGUGGUGGUGGAUCGCAUAGGGGCGCACGACGCGUUCGUUCUCGCGCGGGUGAAGCACACGCCAGUAGCAUCGCGGUGUCGAACCGGCGCGGUUCCUCUCUUCUUCCGAUCUCAUUGCUCUCUACUUUUGUUCUAUUUUCAACUUUCGCUACUACCGAACUACGAGCAUCGGUCCCUGCCGCGUGUAAGUGUCGCCGGGAAGCUUUGUAACUCGGGCGGCGAGAGAAAGAAAAUCAAAAUGCAAAGUGGCUCAUAUUCCCGUUAACGAACGGAAAAGCAUUCCUCAAGAAGAGCGCUCGGGUCGGGACGGUCGAUCAUGUCCUGGUCAUACGCAACGAGUGUACCACCGUCCUCGUUCACGGCAUUGAUGGUGACAACGAGAAUGACACUGUCGACACUAACGUCAAAUUACACGGGAGUCAACGUUAGUACUGUUUGCGAUGUAAUCAGCGACGUCGUGACGAGGGCGGCCAACGAUGAGGAGGAGGAAUAUAUACCCUACAGCGAUCGGCCCGAGACGUACAUCGUGCCGGCCAUCUUAUUCCUGAUCAUGGUGAUCGGUCUCACCGGAAACGGCGUGCUCGCCCUCACGAUCCUGCGACACGCCAACAUGCGGAACGUACCUAACACGUACGUUCUGUCGCUGGCGCUCGGAGAUUUACUGCUGAUAGUGAUAAGUGUGCCCUUCACCGCUAUCGUCUACAUUUUGGAAUCCUGGCCGUUUGGACUCUUACUAUGCAAACUUGCCGAGUGCGUAAAGGACAUUUCCAUCGGAGUUUCUGUUUUAACACUAACUGCUCUCUCGGCAGACAGAUUUUUUGCCAUUGUAGAUCCCAUGCGGAAAUUACACGUUACAGGUAGCGGUAGACGAGCUACACACUUCACCGUGAUCGUGGCUGUGAUGAUCUGGAUCUUGGCUAUAGUAUGCGCUAUCCCGGCUUCCUUCUCAUACAUCAGAGUCUUCAGGGUCAACCGAAACGUGAGCUUUAGCGUGUGCUAUCCGUUUCCCGAGGAAUUUGGACCGAACUACCCGAAAACGAUAAUCAUAUGUCGCUUCUUCUUCUACUACAUGAUACCUCUGAGUAUCAUCGCCGUCUUCUACAUACUCAUGGCCAGACAUCUCAUGCACAGUACGAAAAAUAUUCCCGGCGAGAUGCAGGGUCAGGUGAAGCAAGUGCUAGCCCGUAAAAAAGUAGCGAAGAUGGUAAUGGCCUUCGUCAUUAUAUUCGCUAUUUGUUUCUUCCCGCAACACGUUUUCAUGCUGUGGUUUUACCUUAAUCCGACCGCACAACAAGAUUACAACGCUUUCUGGCACUACUUCCGUAUCUUGGGCUUCUGUCUCGCGUUCACCAACAGCUGCAUCAACCCCAUCGCUCUCUACUGUGUGAGUGGUACUUUCAGGAAGUACUUCGACAGGUACCUGUUGUGUUGCCCCAUAAAGAAGACGCGACGACAACAUCGACGGUCGUCGGAUCCGAGUUCCCGCGGGCGCGGGCAAAGUUUCUCGCUUGUCAGCUCGAGGAAAUACUUGAGCGAAUCUCGCCGCGAACAACGAGGCGCCAUGCGUCUCUCUAUCAUGGCAGAUAACGUUCGAACCAACACCCCGACCAAGGAGCAGGAAACCAUCAUUACUUUAUCGGCGUAUCCGAACGGCAACGACGUAUCACUGAGACACCAACGGAUCUCAACGGAAUCAACCGCGCAUGAUCGAUUAAUCGUCUCAUAGAGAAGAUACUCAAUGAAAACUAUCGCGUAUCCAGUGUUUUGCGUUUCGUGUUUCUACGAACCUGCACAAGCUUAAUUCCUACAGCAGUUACCUUAAUAUUAACUAAGUAAAGUGUACACUUCAACGCGAUACCUUCUCGCGCGAGACUUUUCAAAAGCUCGAAGUUGCUGAAAUACGACUCGCCCAACAGUCAUAGCAAAGGGAAAAGAGUCAUAUUUUUCAUUACGCGUAACAAUUGAGGCUUUUCAUAUUCGGAUUACUUAGUUAUUAUAUUAAGGUGAAAUGCGUCGUUGGAUCGGAUGUAAUACGACGCAAGUGACUUCUCGUUUCGAAGUGUUUUGCGUACGUGAUGUGCGAUAAGAGACAUGUUAAAUGAUAAGAAUAUUAUUACUAUACUUAGAGUUAACGACAAUUAGCGAUAUAAGCGAUGUAUACUGAGAAUUGUUUUCGUAUAAAUUUAUGAAGAAUAUUAAUAUACUGUCCGACCAAAAGAGAAAUACUACAUUCCGUCGAAUGAGCUACAGUAUUAGAAUUUGCAGCUUUGGUAGGCAUAACAGAAUGAAAUUAUAAAAAAAAGACGAUUAUUAUGAUCAAGAGGAUAAUGCUUACGCACGUAAUUGUAAAGAAAAUAAUAAGUGCAUAGAAAAGGCCAAAGGUAUUAUACGAAUCGUUAAGAGAACAUGACAUGAUAAAUAAUUAACAGGAACUUAAUUAAGCCUACAGCACAACAUUGAUCUCGGUUGUACGUGAGAAGAACUCGUAAUACUUAACUCGUAAAAAUUAUAUUUUUAUGGUCUUAAUCUAUAAAAUGAAUGAGUGCAUAUCUAUGUUACUCUGUACGUAAUAUGCACAAAAACAGGGAAUAGAUGUUAAGAAUAAUAUUG